GUCACGAAGAAGACAACUUUGUGAAAAGAGGGGAAAAGAAGACCUUAAAAAAAAACUGCUUAAUUAAAGUCACAAGUAGUCAUGUGUACUGUGAAUAUCAGGCGGGAAGGGUUCUUGUGACUGUUACUGUCUGUGUCCAUCCCAUAUUCUCAUCUGCUCUGCAUUAAACUGGAUUUGCUCCCACAGUGGGAGRCUUUGGAGUUCAGAUUAACAGAUGAGAAGUUAUUAAUAAAUCAGAGAUGAAUUAGGAGCAUUAUUACGGUACGAUGGCAGACAGAAGAACUUGCAACGUUGUGAUUCUGGGUUUGGGUUUUCUGUUUAUUUUCACCGCCUUCACCACCUGUGGSAACGUUGAACAAACUGUGGUGAAAAGUCUGAAAAAUUCCACUUUCAGAGGCAGUGGAUACCACAGUUUAGGGAUUAUCUAUGGAGUCUUUUCAUUCUCUAAUUUGCUGGCACCGACAGUGGUGUCAGUAAUWGGAGCCAAGUCGACCAUGUUUUUGAGCGGCCUGCUUUACAGUGGUUAUGUUGCAGUGUUCAUCGCUCCGGCCACGUGGGCCUUUUACCUCACCUCGGUUCUCAUCGGCAUCGGAGCAGCCUUGCUGUGGACGGCCCAGGGACACUUUCUGGUGGAGAACUCGGAGGCCUCCACCAUCAACAGGAACACUGGGAUGUUCUGGGCUCUCCUACAGUGCAGCAUGCUGUUUGGCAAUCUCUACAUUUACCUGGACUGGAAUGGACAAACAGAAAUAUCAGACGGCAGCAGGAGAAACAUCUUUCUGUUCCUGCUGGUCGCCUCAGUCCUCGGCACGCUCAGCUUCCUGGUGCUGAGGAGGAUCCAUUGUGAAGAAGAGAUGCUCUCUGAAGAGGAAGGGCAGUCGCUGCUCUCAACCCGCUCCAUGUAUAAAAGCAGAGCCAGUGCUGCCUUGCAGGACACCAAGUCAGAAUUCAAAACAAUCCUGCAGCUGCUGAGGACUAAAACCAUCCUGCUCCUGAGUCCCUGCAUGGCAUACAGCGGCCUCGAGCUAUCGUUCUACAGCGGUGUGUAUGGAACGUGUAUCGGAGCUACUACACACUUUGGAGCAGCAGCCAAAGGCUUGAUUGGGAUCUCUGGGAUCGUGGUAGGCAUCGGAGAAAUAGUAGGUGGAGGUCUGUUUGGACUGUUGUGCAAGAACAGCCGCUUCAGACGAACCUCCGUGGUCUUUCUGGGAAUGGUUGUCCAUUUCAUCGCCUCGUACUUGAUCUUUCUGAACAUCCCAGAUGACGCACCRGUCGUGUUUGAAACCACCACCCAGAAGAGCCCGUACCUAACACCCAGUGUUUCCAUCGCCCUCUUGUGCAGCUUCCUGCUCGGACUCGGAGACAGUUGUUUCAACACGCAGCUCUAUAGCAUCCUGGGCCAUGUUUAUGCGGAACAAAGCGCGGCGGCUUUUGCCAUCUUCAAAUUCAUCCAGUCUGUCUGUGCAGCCGUGGCGUUCUUCUACAGCGGGUACCUCCUGCUGAUGUGGCAGCUCCUGCUUCUGGUCAUCCUGGGCUUCAUCGGAACCCUCUGCUUCUUCAUCGUGGAAAGGGUGCAGGACUUUCCUACAGACUUUCAGGAAGAUUAAAGGGCACACAUGCUCAUUAGGUAUCAGCUGUGUUUUGGGACAUACACACUAUUUGGGAGGAAGUUGGAGAGUAAUUUAAUGCAUUCUUUCGCUGAUGCUCCGAAGGUCUUGUACAUUUGGAUAAUGAUGAUCCCAGGAUAGUACAAUAUGAUGGUUUUAGAUGAUUAUGAAGGCACAAAUUGUGUUUUGCAGAUUCUCUACCCUUUUCACUGGACUCUGGACAGUGAUGGUUAAUGUUUAACCAGUGGGAUUUUCGACUAAACCAUUGCACCGCACUUAGUCUGACUCUAAAGUCUUCCUAACCGCCUACUUACAGCUCAGGUUUGUCUUAAUAAUAAUGUUGUUGAAGAUAUUUUACGUCACUAAUUUGUUCGUUUUAUUUUUUUAUUAAAAGCUUGUUUUCACCCGCUGACGAAAAGCAAAAGUAGAAGAUAAUGUUUGCAUCUCUUACCAAAAUAUCUCGUGAACAACUGAACAAAUUUAAACUUCCAUAGAAUAAUCUAAUCUUUGGAUGGUCAUCUACACUUGAUUAACAGCUGGAUUUAAGAUGGCUGCCACWGUCAACGGACCUCUAAAACACAAAUAUGGCCACACUUAAGUCAGUUCUACAGAUAUUGUCCUAAAGGUUGAUGUGGUAGUAGCAGAGAGUCAUUUCCAACAUAUACUCUGAGCAUAAUGGUUUGUGUUAUUUGCACAUGAUCGUGCAUAUUAUUUGUAUAAAAAUGGCUAGUCUUAGAAUUUCUCAUAUUAUCCUAAAACACUGGAAUGCAAGACAAAUGCCUUUUAUUAUAUGUAUAAAUGAUACUAAUUAAUGUUUAAUAAUCACUACUUGUUGUUUUUUUGUAUAUUUUGCAUACAGUUGUUAAUGUUCUAUUUAGUAAAUCUUUAAUAAAAUGCAUGUAUUUUAAUCUAAGCUAUAAUAGGUCUGUUUAGGUGUUUUCUGUAUUAAUCAAGUCUUUUUGCACCACAGUUUGUAAUAUUUGGCUACAAUUGCUGAUUUAUCUGAAUAAUCCCCCUAUUUUUCAUGUAUUUCCACAGGCUUUGUCUUUAUAAAAACUUGUAUAUCCACAUAGUAAAUAAUAUUGAAUUUAA